AUGGAAUACCGGUGCUUAAGUAGAAGUUCUGUCAAACAGCUCACGGCGCUCUGCAUCAUCAGCCUUGCACUCACAUGCGCCACAAAUGCCGCGUUAUGGCCAAGCUACAGGAGCGACGAGGCGUCCAGUAAAUGUGCCGGUGGGUCUGGUCUAAAAUAUUUAUCCGGCGACGCAUUGACAGACUCACCGGACUGCUUGGGACCGAAUAAUGCCCCCUAUCCCAGUUCGGCCGUGGCGCGCACAUUCUCGAAUUGGAACGGAAACUCACGACGUGGACGUCAAAGCAAAUUGCCCACCACGCUGGAUCCCGCAAUAACCACGAGUGCACUGCUCAGGGCCUACGACGAGGUGAACAACAAUGAGGCUAUCGGAAGCGAUCGUUAUGGUCGUUCGCUGAAGAAUUCCUCUCCGGCACAUCAGUGCAAGAGUGACACACCUGCCCGUCUCUGUAAGACGAGAUACAAUACAACGGCACCCAUGUACGGCGUUAGCUUAACCUCUGGCCAGCCGGUGACCAUAGUACAAAAGUUCCCCGAUCUACUGCAACAAGUUGUCUUCGAAGUGUGCGAAUCUUCCGAAUGCGACGUUGUUCGCGGCGAGUGCACGCAAACAUAUGUACCCUAUCUCUUCCUCGUUAUACCGCUGGGUCCAGUUACGCUAACUGGCCAGGACUAUGUGCUCGUCGAGAGCGGAUGCGUAUGCAAGCCCAAGUACUCAACGGGCGCCACCCAGGAGCCCAACAUGAUACCGUAG